AUGAAUAUCGUAGAAUGGGCCUUCGGCAAGCGCAUGACUCCAGCAGAACGACUGCGCAAACAUCAACGAGCGCUUGAGAAGACGCAACGAGAGCUCGAUCGGGAACGGACGAAGCUCGAACAGCAGGAGAAGAAGCUGGUCGCAGACAUCAAGAAAAAUGCGAAGAAUGGACAGAUGGGUGCGGUCAAGGUGCAGGCGAAGGAUCUGGUGAGGACGAGGAGAUAUAUCACCAAGUUCUACCAGAUGCGGACACAGCUGCAGGCGAUCUCGUUGCGGAUACAGACUGUCCGAAGUAACGAGCAGAUGAUGCAGAGCAUGAAGGGCGCAACACAGCUUUUAGGCAGCAUGAACCGGCAGAUGAACCUCCCAGCAUUACAGCGGAUAGCUAUGGAGUUUGAGAAGGAGAACGACAUCAUGGAUCAACGACAGGAGAUGAUGGAUGAUGCGAUCGACGAUGUGACGGGGCUCGAGGAUGAGGAGGAAGGGGAAGAGGUCGUCAAUCAAGUGUUGGAUGAGAUUGGUGUUGAUCUGAGUCAAACGCUCGGCGAGACACCUCAAGGCCUCCAGAAGAACGCUGUGGCGGAAGGAAAGGUCGCGCAAGCUGUGGGAGGUGGUGGAGCGGAUCCUGGGGACGAUGACCUGCAGGCACGGCUGGACAGCCUGAGACGAUGA